UUUUAAAUUAAGAAAUAACUAUUUAAAUAUUCAUUUUUUAUUAUUCAAGUUGCACCUGCUGCUCUACCAUCUAUUGUGAAUAUAGUAUUUUGUGGUAUGCUUUUUCGGUAUUCUUAAGAAAUACGGUCACGCUAUUAGUAUCAAUCAAAUACGUGGUUUUGUUUAUCCAAGCUGUAUGUUUGUUGCUUUAGUACGCCCACAAAACAGCUGAAAUGCAUUCGCGUUGCCAAGUGUACAAAAUUUAUGUAAAACAUAAACAUCUCCACAACUAAACGAGGCCACAAACAACAAAUGGUUAUGGCGACGACAGAGGCAACGACGCCACAGCCAAAGGAGCCAACGUUUCAUUUAACAUAUCGUUUUGCGUUGUUCUUCAUUGCCGGCAGUGUGGCUGCAUUUGCCUUCCACGCGCUCACCUCGAAUAGCUCCCCAUGGCGGCAAUUGCAUCAUCUUCCCGCAGCGCAUUACUUACAGACACGCGACGAGUUCGCCGUGUAUUCGGUGGAUGAGCUGAAUGCAUUCAAAGAGUUCUACGACAAAAGCAUCAGUGACAGUGUUGGCGCCAGUUUCUCGGAAGCAGAACAAACCAAUAUUAAAGAGGCUAUGGGUGCACUGCGUCUUGCCCAAGAAAUGUACAGGUCGGGUAAGGAUGACAAGGCUUUGCGACUCUUCGAGCACGCUCUUGCCCUGGCGCCCAAACAUCCCGAAGUGCUGUUGCGUUACGGUGAAUUCCUGGAGCACAAUCAACGCAACAUUGUGCUGGCGGAUCAAUACUAUUUCCAAGCGCUUAGCAUUAGCCCCAGCAACACAGAGGCUUUGGCCAAUCGUCAACGCACUGCCGACGUCGUUCAAUCGCUGGACGAGCGUCGUCUGCUCUCAUUGGAUGAGAAACGUGAUGCGUUGUCCGGCAUCCAUGAAACCAAUGCGGCGCUACGUCGCGCCAAGAAAGAGGCAUACUUCCAGCAUAUCUACCACUCAGUGGGUAUCGAGGGAAACACCAUGACGCUGGCCCAGACGCGGUCAGUACUGGAAACUCGCAUGGCUGUCGAUGGCAAGUCCAUCGAUGAACACAACGAAAUUCUGGGCAUGGAUCUGGCCAUGAAGUACAUUAAUGCCAGCCUCGUACAAAAAUUGGAAAUUACGCUGAAGGACAUUUUGGAGCUACAUCGCCGUGUUCUGGGCCAUGUUGAUCCCAUCGAAGGCGGUGAGUUUCGUCGCAAUCAAGUCUAUGUGGGUGGCCAUGUGCCACCUGGUCCAGGAGAUUUGGCGCUGCUUAUGCAACGCUUCGAGCGGUGGCUUAACUCGGAGCACAGCAAUUCGUUGCAUCCAGUCAGCUAUGCUGCUCUUGCCCACUAUAAACUGGUGCACAUUCACCCCUUCAUCGAUGGGAAUGGACGGACCUCUCGUCUCCUUAUGAACACGCUGCUCAUGCGCGCUGGUUACCCGCCCGUCAUCAUUCCCAAGCAGCAGCGCAGCAAAUACUAUCAUUUCCUUAAGCUGGCCAACGAGGGCGACAUUCGACCCUUUGUGCGUUUCAUAGCCGAUUGCACUGAGAAGACGCUGGACUUGUAUUUGUGGGCAACCAGUGAUCUGCCCCAGCAAAUACCCAUGCUCAUCCAAGCGGAGAGCGAUAGCGGGGGAAAUAGCCAAGCUGCAAUCGUAUAGCACCGUCUAUGAGACGGCUACAGAUUCAGGGUUGAGUUCAGAUCCUGGGUCUGGUUCUGGAUCCGAUUCUGGUUCUGGUUCCAGUGGCAACGGAACUCCCUGACACUGCUCCAGUAAUUGGUUGCUCAAGCUAGUUAGCCAAUUGUAUUUUGUAUAUUAUGUGUGCUAGUUUCAAUUCUGUGUAUAUUUCUUAUUUAUUCAACAACAAAUCCGUUUGUCAGACUGUGA